CACUGACAAUCAGUUCUACUCAUUAGCUUGUGUGAUUUCAACAAUGGAUUCUCCGCCGGAAAACGAAUCAGUACAGGCGAACAACCUCAAAACUCUGGUAUCAUUCUACUCUACCUACCUCUAUAACCGUUUUCUCACUUUUUUUCCAACUUCAAUGAAUCCCAACAAUUUCAUAUCAAAAAUCUCGAGCAUGAACAGCUCCACAAAACGACGUGGCAGGAAGACUGGUCUCCCCCUUCCCUUGCCACCCGCCACCACUACUGUUUCGCCUGAUCAACCUUCUGUGAUGACAUCUGAGGGGCAUAGAAUAUUUGAAGCAUUAGAGGAUAUCAUGGAGCACACGCUUUAAAAUUUGC